CCGGCCGGGAGGCGGAGCUGCUGCCGGAAUCCGGCGCAGCGGGUGGCCCGGGAGCCCGCGGGCCCGGGUGUGCGCAUCCCCGACGGGGCGCCCGCGACGCUCGGGCCUGGCGGCGGGCGCGGGCAGGGAGGGCGCGGCGCGGCCUUCCGGCGGCAGCGGAGGCAGGAAGCGCGCCCGCGGGGUGGGCCGGCGGCCCCGGGGUCGGCAGCGGCGCGGCCAUGGCGCUCGUGCUCGCCGCGCUGCGCGUCCUGCUGGGCGGCUUCUUCGCGCUCACGGGGGCGGCCAAGCUCUCGCAGAUCUCGGCUCCGGUGUCGCGGCAGAUGAAAGCCCUGUUCGUGCAGUUUGCUGAGGUGUUCCCGUUGAAGCUGUUCGGCUACCAGCCAGAUCCCGUGAACUACCAAACAGCUGUGGGCUGGUUGGAACUCCUGGCUGGGUUGCUGUUGGUCGUGGGCCCACCGAUGCUACAAGAUAUCAGUAACUUGCUCUUGACCCUCCUCAUGAUGGUGGCUAUCUUCACUUUGGCAUCUCUGAAAGAGUCACUGAGCACCUACAUCCCAGCCAUCGUCUGCUUGACGCUCCUGCUGCUGCUGGACACCUGCCAGUUCUUAGCCCAAACUACGAAGGUGGUCAGACACUCUAGGAAGAAGACUCCAAGUGCCUUCAAGGAACCCUGGAAGUAGAGAGUCUCUUCAUACCAUGCAGCUGUCACAUGUCUUAUCACCUUGUUACCAAUAUGUUCAAGGUCUUCCAUUGUUGAAGGAGACAUCUUGUCUACCUAGCCCUGAUUACUCUCUGUGCCUAUACAGCUCUGUUUUGAGGAAUAUAUAUUGCACAUACUAACAUUCUUCAUGUCAGGUGAAAAUAGAAAAUAAGCAAAGAAAUUUAAAUUACCAAAACUCUAAUAUUCCAAAAUUACCACUUUUAAUGCCUUGGUAACUGUACCUCUUGUCUUUUUCUAUGCCUUUAUAUGGAUUUAUAUAUUUUUAAAAUGAAAACGAGACAAUAUAUCCUACUUUAUUACCUACUUUAUAAGCCUGAUAUUCUGUAACACCAUUCUAUGUCUCUUUUACCUCGUUAAUCUUGAUGGCUGCAUAGUAUUCCAUUGUAGGGGUGAAUUGUAUUUAGUUCACCUUCCAUGAGGAACAUUUAGGUUGUUCCCAAUUUUUUGUGAUUGUAAACCUCACAAUAAAUCAUCUUUGCAUACUUAUUUCCUUUCCCUAGAAGUGAAGGUGCUGGUUCAAAAGGCAUGCACAUUUUUGAGGUUUUAAAAUACACAUUUUAAAAUGAAUAGGUUGAAUAUUACAGAGUUUAAGUAUCUGUUUCUGCCUGUGCCCUUCUAAGCCACAUGAAGGAUUCCUUCCCACUCUUUUUUAUCUCUCACACUUCAGAUUUGCAGAGCUUACAAAAAUGGGCAUUGAACCAUUUUAUAGGACCUGAAAUCACUGGCCUCUGGUGGUGAGGUAUGGCACAGUCCAGGGUUUCUUGACUCCUAUGCAGAGCUGGGGGCAGCCAGGUCCCUGGAAUGCUGAAUGGUACAGCAGAACCCAAAGCCUAGAAGGAAUCCCAGGGAUCAGAAGGAAAUGUGAACAACAUGGUAGGGAACCUUCUAUUAUGGCACCAACCACUUCACCCUUUGGGAAGUACUGUGCCUCUCAUGAGGGAAAAUAGGAAAAAAUUUAUUUAUGCAAAUAUUCUAGCCAUCCUGGACUAAAUUGCUUUGAGGGUAGGGGCAAUAGUUUGGGGAGUCCAAGGAAGUGUAAGAAAUCUAUGUAUAUUACACCAUUUCAGGUUCAUAUUGGAAAAACAGUUCCUAUUCUGUCAUCGACUAGCAUGAACCUUAGGCAUGUUGACACUCUGGGUUGGAGAUCUUGUGUCCAAAAGCACAAGGAUGCAAUCUACCUGUAGCAAGGAUAAAUCAAUAAAUGGGUGAUCGUACAUAAGUACGUGUGGCGGUGUCAAACAGUAAGGAAAUUUUCUCCCACAUAAGAGGUCCACAGAUGACUUAGCUUUGGUUCCAAUGUUGGUUAAUUUUGCUGCUUAAUUAAGACAUAAAUGACCAAUAUUCUUUCAACUGUCUGUUCUGCUGCUUUCUGUUUAUUGGCUGCUGCCUUCAAGGUUGCAAAAUAGCUGCAGCAGCUACAGACAGCAUAUUUGCACAUUUCUAAAGGAGAAAAGAAAGAGAAAGGCUCUUUUCGAAGACCCUAGAUUUCCCUUCACAUCUCACUGGUCAGAAUUACACCACAUUUCCGUUCCUAAACCAAUCAUUGGCAAGGACGAUGGAAUUCCCAUAGUGGACUUACACUGAUUUUUUUACCCAUUCUGAUCAAUGAGGAAGUGGUGGGGAAUGACAGUGUUUGCCACUUCCUAGCUUGUUUAUAAAAUAUGAAAAAUAACUAUUUCAUAGUCUGGUAUAUAACAGCUCAGUAAAUGCUAUUAUUAAAUAUCGAUUUGUUUCACUGAUGAGAAUAUGGAUCAAAAAGUUUUAAGUGUUUAUGUGUCAGACCUGAGACUAGAACUAAGGCCUGACUGAUUCCAAAUCCUACACUCUGUUGCACCAGCUGUCAAAGCUAAAGAUAGGCUGGCCUGAUACCUGAGAUGACCUGUCCAAUGUGAUCAAAUCUGCCCUGCUUUCUAGAAUCGCCCCUCUGUAUAAAAAUUUUGAAACCCAUAAAAGAAGAGCUUGGGAACCCCUGGGAUCCUGCCUUACUGCUUACCCCUUUCAGGAUGCUAUAGCCAACCUGUCUCCAGCCAGGACUAUAAGUAAAACCUUUUGCAGCUGGCAUUGGACUGAGGAUACCUGUUUACCAGGACUUGACCUGUAUGCUGUAUGCUGAUGAGUAGCCACUGGCUCCUCAAAGGGCUGGCCCAGCAACUGCAGGACAGGCAUGGUGCUAGAAAAAUGGGAUGGCCAUCUUGUGUGGAGGAGCUGUUAGGAUUAGCAGCAGCAGGAAUCUUGAGGGCCUCCUCAAUAGCCCAAGGAGAAGCCAGGCCCCAGGAAAUGCAUACCCCAUAUUGCAGCCUGAGUCUAGGUCAGCUCAGCACCGUUAUGUUCACCUGCCUUGCCUUCUGAAUACCUUGCUAUGUCCCUCCCUGUACUGAAGGCCACUUAACCUGCAAUGACACACUCUCUUCCCUUGGGGCUAUAGCUGUACCCCACAAAUCCAUCUCCCAGCUGCCACAGGUGUGCCUCAGCCCCUCCCUGUUGGAUCCAUUCUUCAUGUCCUGUCCAGAGAUUAACAAGAAAGAUGUGGGACAUGUGGGUGGGAGGGGAUUCUUCACUGUCUCAACUCCUUAAAGUCAGGAUCCCAGGACCUCAGAGAAAGCGCCAACAACCAGAACAACCAGAGGUAAGAGGGAUAAUCCGAAGGGAUGACAGGGAGGAGCUGAGAGCUAGAGUUGAGGUGGACAGAACUGGGGGCGGCGUUUGGGUGGAGUACACUCCCUCAGGGUCCUGGAAAGGACCAGAGCCUGAGAGACUCAAAGGCAGAAAUCCAGAUGUUGGCAUUGGAGGGAUUGAGUUUGAGGACAUGAUAGGGGUGUCUAAGUGUCAAAAAGAGUAGUUUUUGUAAUGAGCAAUAAAAACGAACAUUGUAUGUACUCAUCCCCCUUGGAGAGGGCAGGAGUGUGAGCAGAUGUUUUUGUGGUGUUUGCUUGCUGUAGGUGUGCCUGUGAGGGUACACAUGUAUCUGUGUGCUGCCUGGAGGGAAGAGAGCACACGGUUAUGAUGUAUCUCCCCAGCGUCAGCCACAGGGCUCAGAGUUUUACUUUUGCAUUCUCAUAAUCCUCCCAGCAACCUUAUGAGGUAGGUUAGUUAGAUCUCCAUUUUACAGCAGGGAAGGCAGUCCCCGGGAGGCUGAGUAAUUCACUCAAGGUCACAUGGCAGAUAAAUGUAUGUAUCUAGAAGCAGCAAGCUUCCUGGGCCUGGGCUCUUUUUUCGCUUUGCUGUCCAAAGUUCUGAGUCUAACCCAGAACUUCUGGUCAAGCGGAGAGGUAGGAGGAAACAGGUUGGAAAGCUCAAGUUAUGAAACCUUUUCAGCCCUGCCAAGGGUGCUCUCAGCAAGACUUGGGACACCUCCCAGGAAGAGGACCUUCACCGAGGCAAGUUCACUCCAUGGUCACUGUGAAUAGGCGACAUGUCCUCUGUCCCUGCAUCACAAGACCAUCCCUCCAUCAUUGUCUUGCUCCCUUUGCCAUUGAUCUGAGUGUCCCAGAGAGGAGUUGGUUAUUUUUUUUUUUUUUUAUUGUUGUUGUUUGUUUUUCUGGGAAGGACUCAAUAUUCCAGCCUCAUUUCUCUGCAGCUCCCUAUUGCCUCAACCCUGCUUGGUUGGACUCACUUCACAUAGCUGUGCCCCCAGGAUUCUGACCCAUACUCUGUCUGUGAAGGGCACCUCUCCUCUCCCAUUCACCAAGGGCUUGAAAUUUUCAAGCCCUGUUGGGUCUCCUGUCUUUCCUCUUCCCACAGCGUGUCACUGGGAACUCUGGCUUCCAUGCUCUCCCCUCUCUCAUGGACUUCCUUGCCCCGACUGUUCCCUUCUAGCAAGAACUGAAGAA